AUGAACCGACGACUGUCAACAAUCAUUCUGCUUGCAGCCGCCGUUUUUACCGCCUCGCGAAUAUCGGCUGUCACGGCCCAAGCUUCAAGCUCCUCCCCUUCUUACUCCUCAUCCUACUCCUCCUCAUCCUACUCCACCCCUGCUUACUCCUCCUCACCCGACAACUUCUCCUUAUCCUACAACUCCUCCUCAAUCAACUCCUCCUCCUACUCCUCCCCUUCUUACAACGCCUCCUCCUUUUCUUCUAUCAGCUCUGGCUACUCCUCCUCCUCCUCCUCCUCCUCCCCCCCUCAGGGUCCGUCCACAGGAGGAAUAGUAGCGAUGGUGGUGUCUGUGGUGCUGCUGCUGCUGGGGGGAGUCGGUAUUUUCCUCUGCUGCAGGCGCAGGAACAAGGCCAGUGGACUGGAGGCAGCAGAGGCUGAUCUAGAGGCGAAUAAGGGGUAUGCGAACCCGUAUUAUGCUGGUGGGGGGAUCGGUGGGGGGAUCGGAGGGGGGAGCGGGGAGGAACAUCCGUCCGUCUCAACCCGCAUAGGCACCCAGCAGCACCGAGUCGCCACCAAGGACUUUCAACGAGAGUGGGCUGAAUUACCGCUCUCUACUCCUUCCCACACCUUCCCACCCCUCAGCUUUGGCAUUCUUAUUCUGACCACAAUGUCGGGCCGCAAUGCUGUCAAGACAGAUGAGAAUGGCAACAGUUUCAAUGUCAGGAAAUGGGCGGAAUCGUUAGUUGCGGCCGGCAAAGCGGAGGAAUUGAAAGACCCGCGAUUGGAUGCUCCGGCAAAUUUGAUUCUGCGGAUGGCGCAGCUGGCGCUGCGCUGCACGGCCACGCCGACCGUGUCUCGUCCUGACAUGGUGCAGGUGGUAUCUGAGCUCACGGCGCUGAGGAAGGAGUUUCUGGGGGAGGUGUCAUCUAGGAUGGCUGAGAGGAUUGACGAGGAGGUGGAGUCCCAGAGGGUUGGGAAUUUCAGUGCGGAAAUGAAGAGGAUUGAAAAGCUGGCGUUUCAGGAUAGCACCACACAGCGACACCACGCGACAGGGGCCAGUCGCAGCAGCAGCCGCAGUUGCCGCCGCAGCCAACCCCCCUCGCACAACCCCUCCGCGGGAGCCCCUUCCGCAAAGAGGGCUCUGCACGCUUCCGCCAGUCGCGCGGCAACUACUUCCUCCGCUAUUUCCGCCCGCGCGGCGCCUCCCUUCCCCCUCUCCUCCGCUCUGGGUUCCGCGGAUGGGGGACAUAUGCUCACGCCGCGCGGAGCUCGCGGCAGUGGCGCAAGGCGCAGCGAGCGCGCCAAUCGCGCACGGAUCGAGAAGGUCAGAGUAAAACUGCACCGUCAUGCGAACCUUCUCCGAACCUACGCUUCGGGACUCGCCAAACCGUCCGCACGACCGCCGUCGACGGCCAGCGGAGGUGCUGCGCGCCGAUGUUUCCGAGCCUCUACUGCUUGUCCGAGCCAGGCGGUGCCGAGUCUCAGGUUCGGCAUCCCGAACCUGCUGCAGCCGGGAUCCAUGAUACGGCACUUCUCGCGGACUCCUCAUAACGGGAUCGGAGCUCCGUUUAACGAGUACCCUCCCCGUACCGUGCUGCUGCCUCUGUGGACUCCCGCUUGCCUCUCCCACGCCACUCCCCGCCGCAACACGCCCGGAGAGCGGAGACGGGCCCCGCGCGCGCUCUUUGCGGUUUCCACCUUCCCCGCAUGCCCCCAACUUAUCACCGACCCAGUGGCGGCUUCCGCCGGUGCUACCGGAGCGGCGGAACCUUCGCCGAGUGCUCUCUUCCGAUUCGUACUCCUCGUCGUCGGCGUCCCACGCGCCGGGAUCGCCGGGCGUGCGCGCUAG